CCUCUGUGCAUGUGCGCGCGUGUGUGUGUUCCUGUCAAUCCUCGGAUUUGUGUCUCUGUGAGCAUGUCAGUGCCAGUUUGACCUUCAAGUAAGUGAAUGAAAUUGUUUGGUGUGCAGGAAACCUCUGUGAAGUACUUAUCACUCGCGAGGAAAAGUGAAGAUAUCGUUUUGCCCUCGCAGACGACAGUGAAUUCCUAUCGGCCGUUCGCCGGUUGAGCAAGAUGGCGGACACCGCGACGGGCGAAAAUGUGAACAGCCCUGAGUUAAAAUACUUGAUUGUGGACAAGAAAGACAUCUGCGAUCCGACUACUCAAGCAGAAUGGACAGCCAAGAAGCUCAUAUGGGUUCCUCACGAAACUCAGGGCUUCGUGGCCGCCAGCAUCAAGGCUUCGCACGCCGACGAGCUCGAAGUCGAGGUGCUCGAGACGGGCAAACGUUACAAGAUCAGUAAAGAUGACGUUCAAAAGAUGAACCCUCCGAAAUUCAACAAGGUCGAGGAUAUGGCGGAGUUGACGUGCUUGAACGAAGCUUCCGUGCUUCACAACAUCAAGGACCGAUACUUCUCUGGCCUUAUUUAUACGUACUCUGGUCUCUUCUGCGUGGUUGUGAACCCUUACAAGAAACUGCCCAUCUACACGGAGAAGGUGAUUGACCUCUUCAAAGGCAAGAAGCGGCAUGAGGUCCCACCCCACAUAUUUGCCGUCACAGAUGGCUCCUACAGAAGCAUGCUGCAAGAUCGUGAAGACCAAUCAAUCCUUUGCACUGGUGAGUCUGGUGCUGGGAAAACAGAAAAUACGAAAAAGGUGAUACAGUACCUGGCAUAUGUCGCCUCCUCGAAACCACGAGCGGGAACUUCGGGAGUGCACUCGGAUGUAACGAUCCAGUCCCACGCCCACACGCCUCCUCCAAUCAACAUGGGCGAACUAGAACAACAGCUUCUGCAAGCCAAUCCAAUCCUAGAAGCAUUCGGAAAUGCCAAGACUGUCAAGAACGACAACUCGUCACGUUUUGGAAAGUUCAUUAGGAUCAACUUUGAUGCUUCAGGAUACAUAGCCGGUGCCAACAUUGAGACUUAUUUGUUAGAGAAAUCCCGUGCCAUACGGCAAGCUAAGGACGAGCGGUCCUUCCACAUCUUUUACCAGCUUCUUCACGGAGCGACAAUUGAGCAGAAAAAGGACUACCUCCUAGAGGACGUGAGGGGCUACACGUUCCUGACACAGGGUCACGUCCCCGUACCUGGAGUCGAUGAUGCGCAGGAGUUUAGGAAUACUGUCAAGUCCAUGCAAAUCAUGGGGCUCAAUCAAGAGGACCUCAAUUCGAUUUUCCGGAUCGUGUCUGCGGUACAGCUCUUUGGCAACAUGGAGUUCAAGCAGGAGCGUAACUCUGACCAGGCGACCUUGCCCGACAAUACGGUAGCGCAGAAGGUGAGCCACCUCCUCGGCUUGAACGUUACCGAGAUGACCAAGGCAUUCCUGAGGCCCAGACUCAAGGUGGGCCGAGACUACGUCACAAAGGCCCAGACGAAAGAGCAGGUUGAGUUUGCCGUGGAGGCAAUUUCCAAGGCAUGCUACGAGAGGAUGUUCCGCUGGCUGGUGAAUCGAAUCAACCGUUCUCUCGACCGAACCAAGCGGCAGGGGGCCUCCUUCAUUGGCAUACUUGAUAUUGCUGGCUUUGAAAUCUUUGAGCUCAACUCAUUUGAGCAGCUCUGCAUCAACUACACCAAUGAAAAGCUGCAGCAAUUGUUCAACAACACCAUGUUUGUCCUUGAGCAAGAGGAAUACCGUCGCGAAGGGAUUGAGUGGAAGUUCAUCGAUUUUGGACUGGACCUUCAGCCAACGAUAGACCUCAUCGAAAAGCCCAUGGGUAUUCUAGCUCUCUUGGAUGAAGAAUGCAUGUUUCCUAAAGCAACGGACAAGACCUUUGUGGAGAAGCUCAUGACAUCUCACAAUGUUCACCCAAAAUUCAUCAAAUCUGACUUCAGGGGAACGGCCGACUUCAGUAUUGUUCACUACGCUGGCAAGGUGGACUAUCUGGCCAACCAGUGGUUGAUGAAGAACAUGGACCCCCUCAACGAGAACGUCGUCUCUCUGCUCCAGAACGCCCAAGAUCCUUUUGUGGCUCACAUUUGGAAGGACGCUGACAUUGUAGGCAUGGGAGCGGCAACCAUGGGGGACACGCAGUUCGGUGCCCGUACCCGCAAGGGCAUGUUCCGUACGGUCAGUCAGUUGUACAAGGACCAGCUGAGCAAGCUCAUGGUGACGUUGAGGAACACAAACCCGAACUUUGUGCGUUGUAUCAUCCCGAACCACGAGAAGAAGGCGGGUAAGAUUGAUGCCCCACUAGUACUGGACCAGCUGAGAUGCAAUGGUGUCCUGGAAGGAAUCAGAAUCUGCAGGCAGGGAUUCCCGAACCGUAUUCCUUUCCAAGAGUUCAGGCAGAGGUACGAGCUUCUGACUCCCAAUGCCAUACCAAAGGGAUUCAUGGACGGAAAGUUGGCUUGCGAGAAGAUGAUCGUAGCCUUGGAUCUGGACCAGAACUUGUACAGAGUGGGACAGAGCAAGAUCUUUUUCCGAGCGGGUGUUUUGGCUCACCUGGAAGAGGAGAGGGACAUCAAGAUCUCGGACCUGAUAAUCCAGUUCCAGGCCUACUGUCUCGGAUUUCUUGCCCGAAAGAACUACCAGAAGCGCAUGCAGCAGUUGAAUGCCAUCCGCAUCAUCCAGAGGAACUGUGCGUCGUACCUGAAGCUCAGGAAUUGGGCCUGGUGGAGGCUCUACACAAAGGUGAAACCCCUCCUGCAAGUGACAAAGCAAGAAGAGAAGUUGAACGCGAAAGAGGAUGAAUUGCGGGCCCUGCGUGACAAGAUGGAGAAGGCCCAGCAGAAUGUGAGGGAGCUGGAGCGAACCUUGCAGCAGGCGACAGAGGAGAAGGGCACCCUGCAGGAGCAGCUGCAGGCGGAGACGGAACUGUGCGCGGAGGCCGAGGAGAUGCGUAUGCGUCUGGCGACACGCAAGCAGGAGCUUGAGGAGAUCCUUCACGACCUAGAGGGAAGAGUAGAAGAGGAAGAGGAAAGGUGUCAAGCCCUGACGCAGGAGAAGAAAAAGCUGCAGGUCACGAUAGGUGAUCUGGAAGAACAGCUGGAAGAAGAGGAAGGUGCCCGUCAGAAACUGCAGAUAGAGAAGUAUACGCUGGAGGGAAAACUGAAAAAGCUGGAGGAAGACUACGCACUGUUGGAGGAUACUAGCCAGAAGUUGGCCAAAGAGAAGAAAGCCCUGGAAGAAAGGCAGUCUGAGCUGUCCCAGGGAUUGGCAGAGGAGGAAGAAAGGGCAAAACAUCUGUCCAAACUCAAAGCAAAGCACGAAGCCACACUCAGCGACCUGGAAGAACGUCUGCGAAAAGAACAGCAGAUGCGUCAGGAACUGGAGAGGGCGAAGCGACGUCUGGAAACUGAGCUUAGCGAUCUGCGGGAACAGCUGAAUGAAAAGAAGAUGCAAGUUGACGAACUUCAGCAGCAGCUGGUAAAGAGGGACGAGGAACUGUCGAAAGCUUUGCUCAGGUGCGAUGAAGAGUCUGCGGCAAAGAGUCAGGCACAGAAGGCGUACCGAGAGCUCGAGAGCCAGCUUGCCGAAGUGCAAGAGGACCUGGAGACAGAAAAACAAUCCAGAGCCAAGUCUGAGAAGCAGCGGAGGGACCUGAACGAGGAAUUAGAAGCUCUCAAAAAUGAGCUUCUGGACUCGCUGGACACGACAGCGACGCAACGUGAGCUGCAGAAGCAGAGGGAGCACGAGGUGGCCAGCAUGAAGAAAUGCUUGGAAGAGGAAGCCCAGGCUCAUGACGUGCAGAUUGCAGAGUUAAGGCAGAAGCACCAGCAGGCACUAGAGGAGGUCAAUGACCAGCUGGAUAAUGCUAAGAAGAUAAAAGCCACCUUGGAAAAGCAGAAAACGAACCUGGAGGCGGAAAACGCAGACAUGGCCAACGAGAUCAAGGCCCUGGGUGCAGCUCGUCAGGAAAGCGAGAGGCGCCGCAAGGCCCUGGAAUUCCAACUCCAGGAAGUGGCUGUGAAGCUGGCUGAAGGGGAGAGGAGCAGAACGGAGGCUGUGGAGAGGGCACAGCGGAUGCAGGCGGAUCUCGAAGGUGCUACCCAGCAGUUGGAAGAUGCCGAGACAAGGGCUUCCCAAGCGGCGAAACUAGCCUCGCAGCUGGAAGGACAGCUCGCCGAGACGCAUGACCUCCUCCAAGAAGAGACAAAACAGAAGUUGGCACUUAGUUCUAGACUACGUCAAUUAGAAAGUGAACGUACAAGCCUACAAGAACAACUGGAUGAGGAGGAGGAAUCGAAGCGGAACCUCGAGAAGCAAUACCAGACACUUGCACAACAGGUUGCAGAGGCCAAAAAGAAAGCAGACGAAGAAUCUGAACAGCUCGCUGUAUCUGAAGACGCCCGAAAGAAGCUGCUGAAGGAACUGGAGUCGCUACAACGACAACUGCAGGAAUCGCAGGCCAUUGCGGAUAAGCUCGACAAGUCUAAGAGGAAGCUGCAGGCGGAAGUCGACGACGUGACAGUGGAGCUGGAGAGCCAGCGCGGGAGAGUGUCCGAGUUAGAGAAGAAGCAACGCAAGUUUGACCAGCUGCUCGCUGAGGAAAAGGCAGUGUCCGAACGGCUGGCUGCGGAGAGGGACAGUGCGGAGCGGGAGGCGCGAGAGAAGGAAACGCGGAUAUUGGCGCUGACGAGGGACCUCGAGGAAAGGCAGGACAUGUGCGAAGAGCUGGACCGCGCGCGGAAACAGUUGCAGACUGAACUAGAUGACCUGGUCAACUCUCAGGGUACAGCAGAUAGAAAUGUGCACGACCUGGAAAAGGCAAAGCGGGCGCUGGAAAACCAACUGGCUGCACAAAAGACUCGGCUAGAGGAACUGGAAGACGAGCUGCAACUUGCGGAAGAUGCCAAGCUGCGUCUAGAUGUGAACCUUCAGGCACUGAAGGCUCAGCAUGAACGCGACCAGCAAGCAAGGGACGAACAGUCAGAGGAAAAGCGACGCACUCUUGCCAAACAGGUUCGUGACCUUGAAGCUGAAUUGGACGAAGAGCGUAAGCAACGUUCAGCAGCGUUGACAUUGAGGAAGAAGUUGGAAGCCGACCUGCAGGAGGCCGAUCGGCAGAUAGAUUUGCUAGGCAAGGCGAAAGAAGAGGCAUUACGUCAACUCAAGCGUCUUCAGGGCCAGGCAAAGGACUGGCAGCGAGAAGCAGAAGAGGCACGUGGUUCACGAGAAGAGCUUCAGGCUGCGGCCAAGGACGCCGAAAAGCGGGCCAAGGCCUUGGAGGCCGAGCUGGCCCAGCUGCAGGAGGACCUGGCUGCAGCCGAGCGAGCGCGACGUGCAGCCGAAGCGGACAGGGAUGAACUGCAAGACGAGGUCUCCAGUGCCGUGGCCAAAACAUCUCUCCUCAUGGAAGACAAGCGAAAGUUGGAGGCAAAGGCUCACUCCAUGGAGGAAGAGCUGGAGGAAGAACAGAACAACAACGAAAUUAUGGCGGACAAGUUGCGCAAGUCUCAAGCGCACGUGGAACAGCUGACGGCCGACCUGUCCACCGAGCGCAGCACGUGUCAGCGGCUGGAGAAUGCUCAGUCCGCGCAGGAGCGGCAGGUGAAGGAACUGCGGGCCAAGCUGCAGGAUCUUGAAAGCGGCCAGAAGACUCGGCUGAAGGCCGCCAUAACUCAGCUGGAAAGCCGCCUGCAGCAGGCUGAAGAGCAGCUAGAUGUCUCCGAACAAGAGAAGCAGGCUGCCAUGCGAACAGCCAGGAAGUUGGAAAAGAGACUCAAGGAGGCUGCGAUCCAGGUGGAAGAUGAGCGUAGGCACGCUGAUCAGUACAAGGAACAGGUGGAGAAGACGAACAACCGAAUGAAGAGCCUGAAACGUCAGUUGGAUGAAGUAGAUGAGGAGUGCUCUCGCGAGAAAGCCCAGCGGCGCAAGCUUCAGCGCGAGCUUGAGGACCUCCUCGAGGCCAAUGAGAAGCUGCAGAGCGACCUCAAUGCUGCUCGCAGCAAGCUCAGGAGGACUGGUGCCUCAAGCGGAGCAGCAAGCCGGAGCAUGUUCAAGCGGGGUUCACUGCAAGGCGGAGCAGGCGACGAGAGUCCCACCUCCCUCCCUGACGAUUCGCUCAGCGAAGACAAUCAGCCGUAGCACGCUUCUCUACGCGGUACAACAGAAUAUUAAUGAUGGAUGGGAUAGUCUAUGGUAACAUUCCCCGCUCACUUCUGCGACCCCCUUCUAAAGGCCUCGCGGAAGGCUGUGGUUGUACGUCCGUUUGUUAUUUUUUUUCUCGGCCGUUUCGUUUCUUCGGCUUGUGCAACCGACUUUGCCACCGGCGUCGUUUGCCAAUUUUUUUAUAUACAUACAUAUAUAUAUAUUGUUAAAUAUAAUUUAAUCGGAUACGCUUGUUUCACACGGCGUACCAAUGUACGUGGCCUUAAAGAUACAUUUUGAAUUCCGUGCCAGCUUCCGUUUUCUUGUGUAACAAUAGGAGCCUUACACUUGUUGCAAUGGUGCUUAAAUCCCUCAAUAGGUGGCAUGAGUGCAUGGAUGUGAAUGUGUGCAAAAAAUGCAGGGUUGAUGUAGGAUUUUUAUUUCAUAUUUUUUUUAUACAAGUGGGGGGUUCCAUGUUGCUAAGAGGAACUAUAUUGAGGCAGUGUCGACGUGGACUGCGAACCCUCCAGAUUAUAGUUUUUUUGUACAAAUUAGUAUAUUUGGUUUACUUGCUCAUAAGCUCCCGAAGUGGAGAAAAAUUUGAGUUAUGAACUGGACCCUAUCGAAAGCAGCAAUUUCUUGUGUCGUCUGCUGAUUUGUUUUGUCAGGGCCCAGACCUAUGCCGGUCUCCAACGAAGUGGCGAUCAUCUGAUUAUUUUUAUAUCGUCGGUCAUACUUUAAUACUAUCGCGUCAAAAAUAAAAAUAUGAAGUUUUGUGAAAGUGA